CUCUCGCUACCAUUGAUCACGUUGUCCGUAAACAAACCAGUGUAUGAGUGUUUUAGGCCUUAUUGUCGGAUUGUAAUGAUUGUCUUCACCUCUGAUGCAUUAUACUAUCCUGUUCCUGGUAGAUGUAGCCAGAGGAUAGAGCAUCAUCUCACUUGACUCUGCUGCUGGAAGAUGGCCACUGCAGCAGAGGACCCUCACUUGGGUGCAGGCCCUGACGAGGAGGACGGGUCUCCAUCGGGGUGGGACUCGGAAAGCAUCCUGUCAGACGACUCUGUGCUGCCAGACUACACCCCAGAGACAUCUGAUGGGCGAACGGCAUCCACACUGUACCAAGCAUGCGCCCGCAAUGACCUGGCCUCACUGCGGAGGAUUCUGGAAAGAGGAGUGACAAGAGAGGAGGUCAUGGACUUGGACAUCAAUAACUGGAAUGGCUUGAUGGUGGCUUGCUGCAAAGGAUUCAUUGACAUUGUAUAUUGGCUUAACACCUGCCCCUAUAUAAACAUCAAUCAUCAGGACAAUGAAGGCAACACAGCACUGAUGAUUGCGUCCCAAGCAGGUCAUGUCAACACGGUCAUGUACCUCCUAAAUUAUUAUCCUGGAAUAGACACAGAAAUAAAGGACUGCCGAGGCUUCACAGCCCUCAUCAAAGCUGCCAUGACGGGCCGUGAUGACGUGGUUGCUGCGCUUGUUAUGGCCGGGGCUGACAUCCAUGCGACAGACACCACAAGAGGAAAGUGCGCUCAGGACUGGGCGCUAAAAACAGGUCGCUAUGAGACGCUGCAUCGUCUGUGCCGCCUCAAAAUAAGGCCAAAAGCUGAGCAAUUUUGUGAAAGUUACAUCCCAGAGUGGCCAGAACUCAAGGAGAGAGUCGCAAAGGCCAUAGCGGAAAAAAGCACCCGGGAAAAAAUCACCCAUCACAUUAAGAACACGUUUGGAUUCCGGCUUCCUCAUGACCCAGAGGACAAUGGGGUUUUAGACCAUAUGGUGCGUAUCACCACCAGUAUCCACAGCCCCCUCAUUUCAACCGGGUGUCGUCCACUGUGCCCCACCAGUCCCCCUGAGCUGGGCAAGAGACGCCUCGCUGUACCAGAGCUGAUGAAGAAACACUCUGAGAGGGAACUGGAGGAAAGUUCCGUGUGCCAUAGUAACGGCUCCGUGUCACACAUCAUUCCCUCCAUCGACUCGGCAGAGUCCAUCGCUACAACCUGCUGCGCUGACACCGAGAGGAGGGGCAGCAUCCUCUCACUGGCCUCCACCAAGGUCGCCUCCAAGUUCAUCCCCCGAAGUAUGGCCAGGAGGAACAGCGUGUUCCCCUCGGGAUGUAUCCCCCAGAUCAAUAUCAACAGAUCCACAGAGGCCACGCCAAAGAAAGAAAAGAAGAAGAAGGCAGAGAAAGGCUACCUGGAACCACCAAAGUGGAGAUAUAAAGAGAUUAAGGAAGAGAAGAAAGAGAAAAAAGAGCGGGAGCGCACAAAGGCCAAAAAAUAACAUUUCCUAAAUCUUUUUAAACCACCUAAAGCAUUUUUAAACCAAAGUUGUUGUUUUUUUUUAUAAUCACCACUCAGGGCUUCAAAAUAUUUAAACCAAAGAUCUUGGUACGUAUUAUUGAUUAAUGGUAACCUCAAAAAAGAGCUGCAACUACAGUGGACCCCUCCGCUAUUUGCGGGAGACAGGGACCGGGCCGGAACGUGAAUCAUGAAAAUCUGCAGAUAAUUGACGCCCAUUAUAGUUGCAUUGAGAUUUUUUUUUUUUUUAAACCCCAAAAAAAUUAUUGAAUAAGCGGUGAUAAACUGCCAAUGAGCAUUUGCAGGGUUAAUCCCCCCGCCACCCCCCAAAAAAAAACAUUGAGGAAAAACAAUUUAAUUGGAAAGAAUUUAAAAAAAAUCUACAAAUAGGUGAAUCCGUGGGCACUGAACCGCAAGUAUGCGGGUGUGCACUCUUCUAACAUUGUUUGAGUUUAACAUGAUACAAGGGAACCUCGGUUUUUGUAUGCCCUAGUUUUCGUACAAUUCGUUUUUUGAGGAUUUUUUUUUCAGACAAAAUUUUGGCCCAGUUUCCAUGCAUCGCUUGGUUUUAGUACAGUUCAAAAUGGUUUGAGCCAAACUCAUCCAUCUGCCCGCAUUACUCAGCCACUCAUUUCCUGGAAUCUAGCACCCACACAAAGCAUCUCAUGUGCAUGCGUAACUGAGUGUUUUCUUGUUGCGUAAACAUCACCCCACACAUUCAUUGGAAUCACUUAGAAAGUUUUGGGUGCUUAUUUAUUGAGUGUAAUUUUUCAAUAAACAACACUGGGUGUGCCGGCCCUUUGAUGAAGAAGACAAGAAACAGCUUAAAAUUAAAGAAAGAAAUUGUAGCCAAGUAUGGAAAUGGCAGAUAGCGCUUCGAAACAAUAACCUCUCAUCAUCCCUCUCCCCUCUUCAAUGUCAAGAUUCUUUAGUAAAGGAAAAAGUUAUCUUAAAUGUUACUUUAUCCCUUUCAUUAGUCAUUUAUAUUUAUUUCACAUUGUCUUCUGAAUGUUAAACUAUAGUUAUUCUCCAUAAAACUUCUUUGUGUUAAUAUUUCUGGGUAUCUGGAACAGAUUAAUUGGAUGAACAUUAUUUUCUAGGGGAAAUAUUUGCUUCAGUUUUCAUACAAUUGGUUUUUAGUCAGUUUUUUGUUAUGGUUUAGUCACAAAACCGAGGUUCCACUGUAAAUCAUUUAAAUCCCGUCUAUGUUAGAGAACAUGACGGUAUAUUUUUUUUCUUUUUCAGGGCUUUGAAACAAACCAUAAAACUCAUGCGAUUACUACUUCAGUUUCACAGGUGCUUGUCAUCUGUCCACCUCUUGAGUGAAAUGGGUGGGCAAAGUAUGGUUCAAUAAAAUGUAUUUAUUCAUUUUUUGAUUCAUUUACCUAAUUAAAUAAUUAGUUCAUUCGUGAAUUAUAAAUAAUGAAAUAAAAUUUAAAAAGUCAAAAAAUACAUAUUUACU